AUGGCGCCGUCGGUCCGGCUGCUGCCGAACGUGGUGGAGAUUCAGGAGACCUUACACGCGCUCCUGUACCGCUCGUACGGUCUGCGGCUCGAGCAUUUCAUCGUAGAGGACGGCCACACGCGCAUGGCCUGCUGGGUCCCCGCCUCGCACGGAAAACCCGCCUACGACGACGGCGACGAUCACAACGACGCCGGCGACGACGGCGACUCUGUCGCCUCGCCGGCGACAGCCAGCGAGCGACGGAGUAGUGGCCGCAAGCCGCCAUUGCUACUGAUCCACGGCUUCGGCGCGUCGUCGCUGAACCACUGGAUAAAGCAGAUUCCGGUGCUGUCGCGGCACUUCGAGCUGUACAUUCCCAGCCUCGUCUACUUCUUCUCCUCCACCAGCGCGAGCGCAAAGCGCCGCGGAGAGUUCUUCCAGGCGGAAGCCAUGCUGGGGCUCAUGGACGCGCUCGGUAUAGAGCGGUGCCAAGUGGUGGGGCUCAGCUACGGGGGGAUUGUCGCGUACCGCAUGGCGACGCUUUCCCCGUCGCGCGUGGCGCGGCUGGCGGUGGCGGGAUCCGGCGUGAUGAUGAACCGCGCGGAGUACGACGCGCUCAUCGCGCGCUGGGGCGUGGACAGCACCGUGCCGCUCUUCCUUCCGCGCACGCCCGCGGAGCUGCUGCGCCUGAUCGGCAUGGCGCACCGGGAAACGCCGUACCUGCCUGAGUGGAUUCUCCAGGACGCUGUUGACCGCUUCUUUGAGAACAGGGAGGAGAAGGCGCAACUACUGGAGGACCUGUGCGAGCAGAGAGUGCAUGGAGACGCACACUACCCCGUGCCAACCAUGGAGACGCUGAUCGUGUGGGGAGAGGAUGACGCAGUGUUCCCCAUCUCCAUUGGUUACCGCAUGCACAACACCUGCCCCACUCUUCGCUUCCACCCGCCCACAAUCCCUAUCCGACCCACCCCCCUUCCUUCUCACUUCCCCUCUCUCGCUCCUUGCGCUCGCCCCGCUCCUUGCGCUCGCUGCUGCUUCCCUUUCCACAGGCACUUCGGACCGUGCAGUCGCCUGGAGGUGUUUGAAAAAGGCUCGCAUGCACUACAAGCGGACGACACUGCUCGCUUCAACCACACCAUCCUCACAUUCUUACUACAUGGCAACUCUCCCACCCACGCUCGCUCCUCCUCUCCUCCUGCUGCUGCCGCUGUUGAUGCUGCGCCUGCUGCGAUCUCGCCUGGUUUGCUGUCAGCGGGAGUGGUGGCAGUGGCAGCUGGUGCAGCAGCGUUGGCAGCAGGGGCUGUGGCUGCGAUAUCAGCAGCGACAGUAGUGCAAUAG